AUGCCGCAUUUUGAAGGAUGGGAAAUUAACAAUCGGAAUUUAAACCUUUUCGCAAUCGUGGAAGAACCUCAUCGACCUCUUGCAAAAAUGGCAGCACAAUCUAUUCGUUUUGACGGUAAAGUUGUACUCAUAACCGGUGCAGGAGGUGGUCUAGGCCGUGAAUAUGCUUUGGCCUUUGCUGCAAGAGGUGCGAAAGUCGUAGUGAACGAUUUAGGAGGAAGCCCGAAGGGCGAAGGUCGGAGCUCCUCUUUGGCCGACAAAGUCGUAGCCGAAAUUCGUGCAGCCGGCGGACAAGCGGUCGCUAACUACGAGUCGGUGGAAAACGGCGAGGCAUUAGUUAGCCAAGCUAUAAAAGCGUUUGGUCGUAUCGAUAUUUUGAUUAAUAAUGCCGGAAUUUUGAGAGAUCGGUCUUUUGGCAACAUGAGCACCCUUGAUUGGGAUUUGGUACACCGGGUCCAUCUUAGGGGUGCAUUUUUGGUCACAAAAGCUGCAUGGCCGCACAUGAAAAAGCAACGGUACGGACGGAUCAUAAUGACGAGCUCGACAUCUGGGGUUUUUGGUAACUAUGGACAAGCUAAUUACUCCGCAGCCAAGCUUGGACUGCACGGUUUAGGGCAAACUCUGGCAAUCGAAGGCGAGCGCUACAACAUUAAAUGCAAUACGAUCAUCCCGGUUGCAGAUUCACGGCUAACCAAAGGGGUGAUGCCCGAAGAAGUAUUAAAAAUGGUAUCGCCGAGGUUGGUCGCGCCAUUCUUGGUGUACCUAUGCCACGAGUCUUGCAACGAGAACGGCGGGUUGUUCUUCAUUGCAGGAGGUGCGGCAGCUGUCAUACGCUGGCAGCAAUCGAAAGGGGUUAACCUCUUGUCAGACGGCCGAGAUAUCACUGCCGAACUGGUACGGGAUAGUUGGGCGCAGGUUAAAGACUGGGCCAACCCUUCCUACCCUGCAAACGGACAAGGAGGGAUGACAGCUUUGCUAACGGGAGACGUACCAUCCACUGGUAGUGACCCACCCGCACAAGCCGAGGACAAGUUCAGUUACACGUUCAAGGACGUUAUACAAUAUGCAUUAGGAGUUGGGGUCAGCGUUAAGGAAGAUGGUUCGCAUUUGAAAUUUCUGUAUGAAGGUCAUGAUGACUUCAGUGUCUUGCCAACUUUUGCCAUCAUUCCUGGACAGGUAAGACUGAGAACGUUGCUUUAAACCUGGUUCACAUAAAAUCGUUAAGCAGUCACAGACUGUCACAGACAUGUACCGAAUUUUUAUAUGAAUGAUCUGCGACGGAUCGGGAAAGUUGAACCAAGUUCAACUUUCCCGAUCCGUCGCCGAUCCGGUCUCAGACAGUCUGCACAAAUCUGCAUUUGUGUUCAUAUAAAAAUUCGGCACAUGUCUGCGACUGUCUGCACGACUGCUUAACGAUUUUAUGUGAACCAGGCUUUAGAUUAAAUUAGACUUUAGUUUCCCAUCCUAUGAUUUGUCCAUGUAA